UGUGUAGUCAAAUACCCAAUGAACCAAAGAAUUCCUCGCCGUCCGUGUCUUCCUUUAUAACUGGCAUUCUCACACUUUCAAGUUAAACGUUUGAUCAGUGUCCAAGAGAGAAACCCUUCGCCUUCAUCUUCAUCUUCAUGUCCAUGGACUCUAGAUCUCUUACAUAACCCUCUCUUUUGCUCGCCGAUCAUCUGAUCCACUCGUAUUUCUGUAUUCCUUGUUUAUCAUUUCAGACGGUGGGUUUCUUCUCUUUUUCUCUGUUAAUGGCUUAAUUUGCAUCCAUAAGAUCAUCUAGGCAAACCAUACGUUCCCUUUUCAUUUUUUGUGUUGGCUUCCCUCGACAAAAAAUUGUGAGAUAUCUGUGUGGGAAAUUAAAUCCCAAUCAAUUAAAUUUUUCCCAGAAACCAGCAGAAGGUAGAACUGGGCAGCAAUUUCAAUUGUCAUUGCUUCCUGAAAAUCACCAAUCAAGCCUUGAGCCAUUUUCAUCAGGUUUGAGUUUGUCCUUUUGACUUGAGCAAAUUAUGUUUUAGUCUAUAUAUUUUUAGAACAAUAAUUUAAAUUAAAAAGCUCAUAUUAAAUCCUUUAGUCUCUAUACUAUGUUUGAUGUGCUGUGUUGCGAGAUGAAAAACAUCAAAUUAUUUGGUAAUAAACUGCUAUAUUGUGUUGUUAAUAAAAUCAUUUAAAUUAAAAUUAUUGUUAAGAAAGUAAUUUAAAUUAAACAAUAUCUUUAAGAAACUAAAUGGAUUGUCUAAGAAAUGAAUUCUUUCUAUUGUAAAAGAAAUAUAUAAUAAAAUAUAAGUAAAAGAUAAUCAUUAACAAUAACAUUACUUAGCUUGUUUUUUAGCAAAUGAAACUUUUAAAUAAUUUAAUUAAGAUUUAUACAAGCUGAAAUCUAAUAUACUCAAAAUAAAAUUAUCGAGUUAGUUAUUUUAAAAUAUUUAAUACUAUUGACUAUAUAAUUAAAUAUUAGUUAAAUACUAUUUAUAAAAUAAAAAUAAUUGAAGUUAAUUAAGUUUAAAGUAUUUAAGGUUAUUUUUACUUUUAAAUAAAAUAAGCAGUCUUCCAUUUAUUUGCCAUGCUUUUUGAGUUGGCAGCUAAUAUAUGUUUUAACUAUUUUCUUUGAUAAAAAUGAACUUCCACUCUAAAAAGAUAAAUAACUGAUUUUUAGAAUCCAAACCAAAUAUUAUUUUUAUACUUUAUUUUAAAGCAAAGCAAUAAAAUUAGAAAAAUAGAGGAUCAAAGUCACUCAAUGGUCAUUCUCAUUUAUUCACUACAAUUUAAUUGCUUUUUUUUUUCUAGUCAAAAUCUUAACUUACGAUUUUUAAGACAAAUAAGGGACUCAAUUACCAAAAAAAAAAAAAAAAACACAUAGAGUAAACAACAACAACAACUUACUCUGUUCACUUCCAACCUUGUGCAUGUGUUUGAAAAACCCCCAUUUUCUGUGUAAAUGUAUAAUAUAACCAGCACUAACAUCCACUACUGCUCAAUUUCAUACCUUACAUUUCCUUCAAAAAAAUCCCCAUCUUCCUAUCUAUAGGUCCCAUGUCCACCUUAUCCAGAGCCUCUCCUUCUUCUUCCUCUAGACAUGGAGGGACUUACGAUGUCUUUCUAAGCUUUAGAGGAGAAGAUACUCGAAAACAAUUUAUAGAUCAUCUCUACGUUGCCUUGGCCCAUGCUGGAAUCCAUACUUUUCGGGAUGACGAUGAACUCUCUCGAGGAGAAGAGAUCUCCCCAGCACUCUCUUAUGCAAUUCGAGAAUCAAAGAUAUCCUUGGUGGUCUUCUCCAAGAACUAUGCUUCCUCUAGAUGGUGUCUUGAUGAACUUGUAACGAUUCUUGAGAGAAGAAAGAUGGGUCAGAUUGUUGUUCCCGUGUUCUAUGAUAUUGAUCCUUCAGAUGUUAGAAAACAGACUGGGAGUUACGCUGAUGCUUUUGCUAGACAUGGAGAACGCUUCAAUGGAGAAACUGAUAGGGUCAUUAAGUGGAGAGGAGCUCUAACGGAGGCUGCAAAUCUAUCUGGGUGGUCUCUUAAAGAUAUUGCAAACGGGUAUGAAUCGGAACUUAUCAGACGUAUUGUGGGAGAUAUUCUUGUUAAAUUGAGUCACAAUUACUUCCAUUUUCCCAAUCAAACAGUAGGUAUUGAUUCCCGGGUGGAGGACAUUAUCAAAUCGCUUACUGUUGUUACGGAGGAUGUUAGAAUUGUGGGAUUACAUGGGAUGUCAGGAUGUGGCAAGACAACUUUAGCAAAAGCUGUAUUCAAUAAACUCUAUCAUGGAUUUGGGAAACGGUGUUUUCUUUUCAACGUCAAAGAAAUGUCACAACAGCCUAAUGGUCGGGUUCGAUUACAGGAGGAGUUUCUUCGACGUGUUUUCAAAUUAGGUGAAUUCAAGCAGAUUGAUGAUGUUGAUAAAGGAAUGAAUAUGAUUAAGGAAAGACUUUGGGACCAAAGGGUUCUUGCCGUUCUUGAUGACGUGGAUCAACCAGAACAACUACAUGAAUUGGUGGAAGUGCGAAGUUGGUUUGGUCCUGGUAGUAUAGUUAUCAUUACAACUGGAAACGAACAUUUGCUAACUCAACUUGAAGUGAAUGUAAAAUAUCGUGUUGCAAAAUUGAGUCACGCUGAAUCUCUUGAGCUUUUCAGUCGGCAUGCCUUUAGGGACACCCAACCAAUAGAAGAUUAUGCGAUGCUUUCGAAUGAUGUGUUGAGCUACUGUGGAGGACAUCCUUUGGCUCUUGAACUUUUGGGUUCUUUUUUGUUUAAAAGAGAGAAGCCCGAGUGGGAAAGUCUCAUUGACAGUUUAAAAAAAAUCACACCCGAUCAAAUACAGCAAAAGCUCAGAAUAAGUUUCGAGGCAUUGGGUGGUGGUCCAGUAAAGAGCAUAUUCCUCGACAUUGCAUGCUUUUUUGUUGGUAGAGACAAGGAAUAUGUAAAAACGAUACUAGAUGCCCGUUAUGGUUUCAACACAGAAAUUGCUAUUAAGAAUCUCAUCGAAAGGUCUUUCAUUACAAUUGAUUCAAAAAAGGAGAUAAACUUGAAUAAUCUAUUACGAGAUAUGGGAAGAGAGAUAAACCGUGAAAUGUCACCUGACCAUCCUGGAAAUCGCAGCAGAAUCUGCUUUCAUGAUGAUGCAUUGGAUGUCCUCUAUAAUAAAAAGGGAACAAAAUCUGUUCAGGGUCUUGCUCUAGAUGUUCGAUUUUCAAAAUCAGAAACAUUGAGCUCAGAAUCAUUUAUGAAGAUGAGAUGCUUAAAAUUACUCCAAAUCAAUGGAGUAUAUGUCACUGGAUGCUUCCAACAUCUUUCCAAAGAGUUGUUAUGGCUCUGCUGGCAUGAGUGUCCUUUGAGAUCUUUACCAUCCGAUUUUCAUCUACAAGACAUAGUUAUCCUUGAUUUUCAGAACAGUAACAUCGAAGAACUAUGGAAGGAGAUCAAGUUCCUCAACAAGUUGAAAAUCCUUGAUCUCAGCUAUUCCAAAUUCCUUUCUAGAACUCCAAACUUGCAUAGUCCAAGUCUAGAGAAACUAAUACUUGAGGGUUGCUCAAGUUUAGUUGAGCUUCAUCAAUCUAUUGGACGUUCAAAGGGGCUUGUUUACUUAAACUUGAGGGGAUGUUGCAGACUCAAGAAUCUUCCAGAAAGCAUCUGUGAGUUGGAAUUUCUUGAAACCCUCAAUAUUACUAUGUGCUCUCAACUUGAGAAAUUGCCUAAGCACAUUGGUAAUAUGGAAUGCUUAAGGGGGUUGCUGGCAGAUGGAACUUCAAUUAAGCAACUCCCCCUUUCUAUUGUCUUUUUUAAGAAACUCGAGAAGCUAUCACUAUGUGGACGCAAUUAUGACAAACUAGAUUCACCAUCUGGACCCUGGCAUUUACCAUUUUCUUCAUGGUUUUCACCAAGAAACACAGACUCCAAAACUCUGCUGCCAGUUUCUUUCGGUUGCUUGAUGUCAUUGAGAGAACUAGAUAUCAGUUACCAUGGCUUGUCUGAAGGUUCCAUUUCUGUUGCUUUUGAGAGUUUGUCAGCUCUCAGAAGGUUGGAUUUAUCAGGAAACAAAUUCCUUUAUAUGCCUUUUGGCAUUGGCGGUAUUCCGAAGCUAGAGAUAUUGUUAGUUGUAAACUGCAAAAAUCUCCAAUCAAUCGCGGAGCUUCCCUCAAGUUUAUUGCUCUUGGAUGCAACUAAUUGCACAUCAAUGGAAAGCCUAGCAGUUCCAUCAAACAAAUGUGCAUUGAAAUUACGUGGGUGCCAAAAACUGAGAGAGAUUCAUGGCAUAGAAGGUGGGAGUGACUGCACAUCCGUUGUUCACAUGGAAUGUUGCAACAAUUUAUCAAAUAAUUUCAAGAGGAGUCUUGUUCAGGCAUUGUGCAAGGGUAAGCGUGAUGAAAUCUUCUUCCCUGCUGAUGAGAUCCCAGAAUGGUUCAGCCAUCAUGGAGAUGGAUCUUCAUUAUCAUUUCUUCUGCCAGCACUUUCAUUUGGUGAUGAACUCCUAGCGAUGAUUGUUUGGGUUGUCUUCGCAGUUGAUGAAAGAAGAUUUCUCAAUCUAUAUCCUUCUGCUAUUAUAAGAAAUAAGAGCAAUGGUAAAAAAUUGGUGGAAAGGUCAAUGCACAUUGGAUUUAUUUCGAGUAGCCAUUCUUGGGUAAGCCAUGCACCAUUUGUUGUCCUUCCAUGUGCAAUGGAAGGUGGGGGGGAAUUAGAACUCAAUGUGGAAGUAGAGGAGGAUGCCAUAGUAGAGAAGUGUGGGGUACAUCUGGUUGUAAAAAGGGCAGAUUUGAGGGACGGUCAAGGAACGUUCCACGAGAACUUGGAAGCUGCUAUAGUUGAAAAACCGGAUGAAGUGGCCACUGUGAAAAGAGGUCAGGAUUACAAUCAUGAUGAACGAAGCUUGAAAAGGCUGAAGCCACUUUGUAGGACUUCUUCCAGCAAUUGGGUUGUUACAUCUGAAGAAAUUAUAUAGCAGAAUAUGGCAAGGGAUUCUUGAAUGCAUAGGGAACAAUUUUCAUUUAUAUCUUGGCUUUCUUUGUUCAAGAAGUUUUAAUCGUAGGUCCAUACGUGUCUGUCUGUUCUCUUCAUGAUGGUGGUAGUGUGUGGGCUAUUAGAUACAUGGUAGCCUUUUAGACACUCUGCUAAUCAUCUUGUGAAGGCUUGUGACAUUUGUUCUACAGCUAAGAGUUUAGGACAUAAAACAUAGCUAUGCAACUAUUUUAACAUCUUUUUUCA